UUAUGGCAUCAAAUCAGCCUAUGAAUGAGCAAACCAGAGGACCUAUCAUAUACCAGCCCACUGUAGCUCGUGGAGCAAGAAUGAAGCUUUCUCCGAGAAUGACUGUCAGUUUCUUCUUUUCUUCAGUAGAAAUCUAUUAAGAGGUAGCUUGGCCAUCCAGCUUGCAGCAGAGCACCUGAAAGGGUAGCUCAGUUUCAUUCAUCUGUUCUGGUGAUGGUUUCAUGCUGAUAACAUUCUGGCUGCUUCUAUAUACAUUCUUCUAUUUUGUUUCCGAGAACACGUGGACGCUUAACAUUCUCGGUUCGUCAGUAUGCGAUUGCAUUCAAUAGAAGCUGAAAGUGAACGGGCGCCAAGUGGAUGACAAAACAACGAUGGAAGAUGGAUGUAGUCUCGUGAAUCUGUUGAUUUUUAGAAGGCUGUUCUUCUAGCCAUCUAAGAAUGAUGACGCAGUCUUCGUGGCACAGACGUAUUUUUAAUGCUUGAAUUCGUAGGUUUUCCGACAGUGAGAUUCUGAAGUGCUGUCUUGGCCGCGAGCCAUAACUUGCACAGAUCAAACGUGGGUCGCUCUCAUUUCUCUAACUUCAACGACAGAGCCAUACAAUUCAGAUCAAAUGAUAUGUUCCUUUUGCAGGGAUUCUGAGCUGAUCACGAAAUAUGGAGAGUACAGAGAAAUCACCCUUCCAAAUGGUUGACCCCUAUAUCGAGAAGAUUAAGAAGUCGCUGAUAACCAGAUACUUGGGUGACAAUGUGCCGACUGUACUCAUCGCUAUAGCCUUGUUUGGGCUCUCAAUCUACUUCCUCACGUCCAAAAAGAGGAGAAAUUAUCCUCCAGCAAUUCAUGGUACAUUACCGAUUAUUGGCAACAUGUUGCAGUUGAGAGAAAGGAAACCUUAUCAAACAUUAACCAGAUGGGCAGAGAAGUAUGGUCCCAUAUAUAGGCUCAGAAUCGGAGCACUUAAUGUUGUGGUGCUGAAUUCAGAUGACCUUAUCAAGGAGGCCCUGGUUACUAAAUACGAUUCAAUUUCCAAUAGACGACUGCCAUUAGCUGUUGAGAUUUUGGGUCAUGAUAAGUCCACGCUUGUCGCGCGGGACUAUGGACCACACUACAGUGCUCGAAAACGGCACUUGGUCACUCACCUGUUGGGGCCAAUGGCACAGAAGGAAAAGCGAUCGCUCCGACAUGAACUAGUUGUCAGAAUGAUAAAUGGCAUGUUCGAAGAUAUGCCUACCGAGGGAAAAGUUGUACAUAUGAGACACGUCCUCAACAACUUUCUCUUCGAAAAUACGAUGCACCAGCUCUUUGGAUUUGCUCCCAAAGAGAUGUAUGUGCCAGGUAUUGGCUUUCUCUUUCGAGAGCAGAUGUGCAAGAUUUUAGUGGACGACCCUAUCGACGCGAUCUCCCUAAUAGACUGGAGAAGCCUUUGGCCCAUAUUCAAAUGGGCAUCGAAUGAAAAAGUGGAGAGCGUAUGCAAGCAGGCAGCAAGGCAGAGGGAUUUGUUGUGUGAAGAAUUAUUGAAAAUGUACAAAAUACAGUUCGCUCUCAAGGGACCAACUGGAUGCUAUGCUGACCAUCUCCAUCAAGAUGCCGAAUUCCUGCCCGACAAGUAUAGUCCAAUUCUUUAUAUUUUAUGGGAAUCCGUCAUCGAAAGUGUUGAUACUGUCUCUGUUGCUAGCGAGUGGAUAAUAUAUGAGCUGGCCAGGAACCCCCAUGUUCAAGAUCGGCUCUAUCAAGAGAUAAAGAACGUAUCGGGCGAUCGGAUGAUCAACGAAGACGAUAUGGCAAAUCUUCCGUAUCUGGGUGCCGUCAUCAAGGAGACUUUAAGACUAUACAACCCUGUCACCGUCUUGUUCACACGGCUCACUGGUGAAGAUAUGACUCUUGGUGGAUACAACAUUCCGAAAGGCUGGGACGUUUUGAUAAAUCAAUGGGGCAUUGGAAUGGAUAAACGGCGAUGGCCAGACGCGGAUGUUUGGGACCCUGAACGCUGCCUGCGUGACCCAAGCAUAGAUUUGGGAUUCAAAGAUUUCAAGAUCACACCGUUCGGAGGAGGGAAGCGCAUGUGCCCGGGCAUCCAUAUGGCAAUGGCUACACUGUUAGUCGAGGUUUGCGGUCUUGUGCAACACUUUGAAUUUUCUGUUCCUCCUGAUGAAGGAAACGCUGAUGCGGAAUCUAGUCAGGUGUCAUUCACCACACACAAAGCUACUCCUCUGCUCGCAUUCACCAAACCACGCGUCAAAGGUGUUCUGCCAUCUUGAAGCUUUUACGUCUUGUACUAGCGAAAGUAAGAGCAAAAGUAACUUUUUACCUGCAAGAGCCAGCCAAUGAAUUUGUUUAAAGUCUUAUGUACUCAUUUUUACAGGAUCAGACUAUGUGCUACUAUUGUGUCCGUUCUAAAUCUAGAAAUUUUCUUGCG